AGUUGUCCAUGAAGUAAAAAAAGGAUUUCGUUAUUUCGUCAUGGAAAAGUGAAAGGGUAUUGGGGUACGGUACGAAACGAAAACGUCAAACAAAACGAAAACAUACUUAAACAAAAUGGCUGAAGGAAGGAAAGACAGUUCCAGUGGACACCACAGAUAUUAUACCAGAAGAUCAAGAAAGCCUAAAGAACCAGCAAUAGUUUUGCUAUCCGAUUCUUCUUCCAGCGAAUCAAAUGAUGAAGAAGUUCCAAACGUCAGCUGUGACCAGCCAUCUCUCAAGUCAGGUGUGUUGCCGAAAAACAGUGUUGAUAACCCCGAGCUGACACCAGAAUGCCCAGUUUGUCUCCAGCCAUGUAUCCACCCAGCAAGGCUUCCAUGCGGACACAUUUUCUGUUUCCUCUGCCUAAAGGGCAUUGCUCAACAAAGUCGUAGAUGUGCCAUGUGUCGCCAAGAAAUCUCUCCUGACUAUCUCGAUAGGCCGGAUCUACUUCAAAUACCCGAAAAUCCAAUAGCAAAAGAGGCAGAAUCAGAAGACGCAUACCAAUGGUUUUACGAAGGGCGAAAUGGUUGGUGGCAGUUUGAAGAAAGAAUCUCAAAAGAUUUGGAAGAAGUACAUCAGCUUGGCUUAAGCACGUUUGAAACACUUAUCUGCGGAACUCUUUACACCAUUGAUCUUAAAGCUAUGGUCCAGUGCAGUAAGCAUAAUCCUAUGCGCAAACGCAGGAUAAAACGUGAUUUAGUUUCCAACGUUGUCCUUAAGGGGGUUGCUGGAAUAAGAUAGUUGUAUUUUAAUCUGUCUCAGGUGUUAAUUUUUUAUUACAGUAUUUCAUCCAUCUUGUUCCAUUUUAUUUUCUUUGUAUGCCUAUACAAUGUAUUUUUUGUUAACACUGUGGUCAUUCUAGUAUUAGGUUUGUAAAGUUUUGUACUUGAUAGCCAAAAAGUCAAUGUUGAUUUUUACUAGUGUUAAUUUUCUGUUUAUUUAGAAUUUAUAUCUUGUAUUAAAAUAACUUUAAUGUUG